AUGGCUAACCAUAUCUUCUCUGUAUGGCUCCUCUCUAUCUCCCUAUCAAAGACACUUCUCGUUUUAGCAGAUUCCCAUACCUACAUAGUCCACAUGGACUUAUCCGCCAUGCCGUUAUCGUUUUCUAGCCACCAUAGCUGGUUCUCCGCCACCCUUGACUCCAUCACCGCCACAACCACCACCACCACUUCCACCGUAUCCUCCUCUUCUUCUCCCUCAAAACUAAUUUAUAGUUAUACGAAUGCUAUAAAUGGGUUUACUGCAAUUCUUUCUUCAUCAGAGCUGGAAACCGUUAAGAGCUCACCCGGCUAUCUUUCCUCGGUUAAAGAUACAAGAGUUGACCUUGACACAACUCACUCUACACAAUUCCUUGGGCUAAACUCAAAAUCCGGUGCAUGGUCGGUUGCAGAUUAUGGAAAAGAUGUUAUUAUUGGGGUUGUCGACACUGGAGUUUGGCCGGAGAGUGGGAGCUUCAACGACGAUGGAAUGGGUGCAAUUCCGUCAAGAUGGAAAGGUGAAUGUGAAGAAGGCUUCCAAUUCAACUCCUCUUUAUGCAACACGAAGCUCAUUGGUGCUCGUUAUUUCAACAAAGGCCUUCUUUCGCAUCACCCAAACUUAACGCUCUCAAUGAAUUCCGCUCGUGACACCAUGGGACAUGGGACUCAUACUUCAUCAACAGCAGCAGGGAGUUACGUGAAAGGAGCAUCAUAUUUUGGAUAUGGAACCGGAACAGCCACUGGUGUGGCGCCACGUGCGAGAGUGGCUAUGUACAAAGCUGUUUGGGAAGAAGGUGCUUUCGUUUCGGACAUUCUUGCUGCCAUUGACCAAGCAAUUAUGGAUGGAGUCGAUGUAAUUUCCUUGUCCCUUGGUGCAGACGAUAUUCCUCUAUACCAAGACCCCAUCGCCAUAGCCACAUUUGCAGCACUCGAGAAAGGUAUCUUCGUAUCCGCAUCCGCUGGAAACAAUGGACCUUAUUUAAGGUCACUACACAAUGGAACACCAUGGGUUCUCACUGUUGCAGCAAGCACAAUUGACCGUGAAUUCACCGGGAUAUUAAAGCUUGGCAAUGGAGUUUCCGUCACCGGUUUGGCUCUUUAUCCCGGAAAUUUGAAUCCAAGUCAGGUCCCAAUUGUUUUUGUCGGGGCUUGUGAGAAUGAAGUGGAAGCCAAUAAAACAGAUAGAAAGAUUGUCGUGUGUCUCGACAAUAAUGACACACUUAGCGAACAAUUUUACACUAUCCAAAGUUCUAAUGCGUUGGGGGCUAUCUUCAUAACAGAUAACACAGACCUCGAAUCCUUCAUGCAAAGCACAUAUCCAGUCUUGUUGUUGAAUCCACAAUCCGGUAAAAUCGUCAUGGACUACAUUAAAGAACUCGAGCAUAGUGAAGCUAAGGCUAGUAUGAAUUUCCAUGGGACACGUCUCCAGACAAAACCAGCACCAAGGGUGUCUAGCUAUAGCUCACGAGGUCCAUCCUAUAGUGUUCCGAUUGUUUUAAAGCCCGAUCUCACAGCUCCUGGUUCACUUAUAUUAGCAUCUUGGCCCGAUAGCUUGUCAUCAGCUUCGAUUAAGACAGGAAAUGAAGAACUAUUUAGUAAAUUCAAUCUCUUAUCGGGGACGUCUAUGUCAUGCCCUCAUGCCAGUGGGGUGGCUGCUUUACUUAAAGCAGCUCACCCUGAAUGGAGCCCAUCAGCCAUCCGUUCAGCCAUGAUGACUACAUCGGAGAAUCUAGACAACACGUUCAAACCCAUCCAAGAUAUCGGCGACAACAACAAGCCAGCAACUCCUUUCGCCAUGGGUUCAGGCCAUGUUGCUCCCAACAAGGCCUUGAACCCUGGACUCAUAUACGACGUCAACGCUCAAGAUUACAUUAAUCUUCUCUGUGGUUUAAAUUAUACACAGAAUCAAAUUCAGACAAUCACAAGAUCAUCAACCUUUAGUUGCUCCAACCCAUCAUUGGACAUAAACUACCCUUCUUUCAUUGCUUAUUUCGAUGGGAAUGACACAAAGUCCACGGCUAAAGUUGUCAAAGAGUUUAAGAGAACAGUGACUUAUGUUGGGGUCGGACGUUCAACGUUCACUGCGAAACUAACGUCUAUUAGUGGCUUAAAUGUUACUGUCACGCCUAAAAAACUGAGUUUCCAGUCAAAGAAUGAGAAGAAAAGCUACAAGUUACGAAUAGAAGGGCCGACUACUAUUCAAGAUCAAGUUGUGUACGGUUUCUUAAGUUGGAUAGAGAGCGCAAGAAAGAUUGUCGUAAGAAGUCCGAUUGUGGCAACAAGCCUAGCAAGCACAGUAGGCACAUUCUAA